AUGCCUCCCCACACUCCAACCAAGGAUGGUCUUCCGUCUGACAAUACCAUCUCGCGUCCAUGUGCGCCGAGCUUGGCGCCCCCUGAUUAUACUUCGAUGACCACACCCAAGAAGGGCAAUGCAAAGGUCUCGCCAGAUAAGGUUACGAAAUCUGCCAGUAAGAACACCACUUUCAGAUUUCCAUGGAUGAAAAAGAAGAACUCGAAAGGCCUUCCGUUCGAUGGCGUCGCUACAAAACACGAGGGUGCGGACCUGGCUGACUCGUCCCAAGUUAAGCGCGUCAGGGCCAAGAAGGGACCUCCACACUCCAAGUCCUCUCCGGUCGGUUUGAAGACGAGUGGCUAUGGCGAAGCUGGUAACGGAGACCCUUUCACUGAACAAUAUACCAUGGCCCCGAUAACCCCUGUCCAAGCAACAGAGCACAGCGACUCCGAGGGAGAGGAGAUGGGCACUGAGCCAGGCCAACCUCCGGUUUGGAUGGAUCAAAACGGCCUGAUUAGUGAUUGGGAGGUUCCUCGGGCCCAGAACACCGUGGAGAAGACUAGGAAGAAGCAGAAGGCAGUCCCCGGCGUAAAGGAUCCAAAUGGUCGUGUGGUUGGUCGCGGCUUGGUUUUGUGGCACCGCCCGAGAAUGAUGGAAAAGCUGAUGCUCUGCGUCCAGUAUGAAUGCCACAAGGCUGGUAUUCGGAUCCCAUGGGAUGAGGCCGUGCAUAGAUUGAACCCGGGCUCAAGCGGCCCCAGCGCCGUGCAGCAUUUGAACAAGCUGCGAGACACGUUGGUGGCCGAGGGUCACCUCAUCCCACCUGCUUUGGGAAAGGUGACCGAAGCCGAUCCGGCCUGGCUUCGCGGAUACGCCAGAGAUCAUACAAAGCAGACUCCCACGGCCACUCGCUCAGUGCCUUGGAACGAAGCCUUGGAGCACCCGAAGGUGAACCUGGUUAUCCCAGGUAUCAUCAAGGGCUCAGGUAACUACCGUGCCGUCCCAAAGGAGCAGAGAGUUCAACUUCCACCAAAGGAGGAGAUUGACCCAGCCAUCGGCCAUAGAGUAAGAAUACCAGCUGAUCUGGUAGAGGAGGCCAAGGCCGCGCGGGUUGCGAGAGGUUCACGUAGAAAGCGUGGAACUCGGGCUCCUCGCCCCAAACAAGAUGAUGUGUUGGAUGGUGAGGCAGAACCAGCUGAGCUCGGUCCUGAUGAUGAGUAUAAACCAAACAAGAAGAAGGGUGGCCGCGGAAAAGCUCGGCAAACAUCUCGCGGCAAAGCCGGUCCCCCUCCUCCCAUCCUCAAGAUCCCUGUGCCACCAGAGUAUACGGAGAGAGUCGCUGCAGAUGGUUCUGGAAACGAGGGCAGUCACGGUCUGGCGGAUCUCGGAGGUGCUCAUCCCGACCAAUACCUGGUGCGGAAUGGCACCCAGUAUCUUAAAGACUUGAUGGAGGAGAUAUCUGCCGAUGUCAACAUCGUCACAACGCUGAGUGAGAAAGACUUUAGGGCUGUGCUCAUAUAUGGCGCCACCAUGGGCUACGGAGAUGAUACUCUCCAGGAGUUCAUUGAUCGUCGCCUCCAGGGCGUUCAAGAGGAUGUCAUGAGUAGUGACGAAGGUUCCUUCUUGACCGCUGGUGGCAUGAACGUUGGUCAAGAAGAGCAGAUGUCGGGCACCGGAUAUGGCGAGGAGCAGAUUUCGAGCACCGGAUAUGGCGAGGAGCAGAUGUCGAGCACUGGAUAUGGCGAGGAGCAGAUGUCGGGCACUGGAUAUGGCGAGGAGCAGAUGUCGGGCACUGGAUAUGGCGAGGAGCAGAUGUCGAGCACUGGAUAUGGCGAGCAGCAGAUUUCGGGCACAGGAUAUGGCGAGGAGCAGCAGCAAGAUAGAAAUCCCCUGCUCACAUUCGGACUUUUUGCCAAUCAUGGUAGCCAUUCAGACGGCCCACUGCCCCCCAUCAGCAGCUUUGCACAUACGUACAACCCGAGCCAGGACUUCACUUCCGGAGUGGUUCAUGAUUACUCGAUGUUCAAUGGCGGUCCUUCGGCGCAGGAUUACCAUAAUCAAGAACCACAAGUGCCCGAGCCCCGCCACCAAUUCUUGAAUGGAGGCUCCAUCUUCGAGGACCCGCCGGUCGACCAACAGCAUGCCGCUGGAUGGGCCCCAGAGUUUGACCAGUACGGCGACCACAUGUUCUCUUUGGAUCCCAACGAGGACGAGAAUCUGCGACCUGAGUUUGAGCCAUAUGAAGAGCCAGCCUCCGUGUCGCCGGUAGACAACUCUUACCGCCACCAAUUCUGA